AUGGCCCCUCGCGAACCCGUAGACGUGGCCGCCUUUGCUCGGACGCAGAUGUCCCUGCUGGACCGGGAGCUGCAAUGCGAGAUCCGGGAGACCAGCUCCCUCGUCUCCAACUACAGCCCGACAGCCCUGCAGCGCGCCGGCCUGGCCGUCACCAACCUCGCCGUCUCAUCGCAGCGUACAGGUAUGGGCGGGAAGACCGUAUUCGAGCUGUCCCCCGACCCGGCCAUGUCGAGCUCGCCCGACCUCCUCCCCGAGCACGGCAUGCGCACGGGAGACAUUGUCCUCGUCGCGGAGCAGCCCGGCGGCAGCGCUAAGAAGAGAGAGGUCAAGGACCUGGAGAAGAAGGGAGCCAGGGGUGUCAUCACUAGGGUGCAGAAGGGUGCCGUGAGCAUCGCCCUCGAUGAGGGGAAGGAGGAGGCUUCGUUUACGGGAAGGUUGUGGAUCGUCAAGCUUGCUGACGAGGUUACGUACAAGCGUAUGAAUCAUGCCAUGGAGAAGCUAGAAAGGAUGGGAGAGGCAGAAUAUUCGACCUUCAUCCGCGUCCUGUUUGGCCUGUCGAGCCCGACGCCGUUGCCGGACCCCCAGACUGAUCCCCAAUUUGGCAAUAUCCAGUGGAUUGAUCCGACGCUCAACGAUUCACAAAAGGAUGCCAUCGGCUUCGCCAUGGCUUCGCCCGAAACCGGUAAAACUCACACGCUCAUCGAGCUCAUCCUGCAACUGACGAGGCGUGGCAAGAAGAUCUUGGUAUGCGGCCCUUCCAACAUUUCGGUGGACAACAUCGUGGAGCGGCUGGCACCGCAUAAGGUGCCCAUUGUGCGCCUCGGCCACCCAGCGCGCCUGCUACCCUCGGUCCUCGACCACUCCCUCGAUGUUCUCACGCGGACAUCCGAGGCCGGGGUUAUCGUCAAGGAUGUCCGGGCCGAGAUGGACGCGAAGCAGGCGUCCAUCAAAAAGACCAAGAGCGGCAAGGAGCGCCGCAGCAUCUACGCCGACCUCAAGGAUCUGCGAAGGGAGUACCGCGAGAGGGAGAGGCGGUGCGUGACGGACCUCGUCGGCGGGAGCAAGGUGGUGCUGGCCACGCUGCACGGUGCGGGAGGCUCGCAGCUGCGCAACGCCCAGUUCGACGUGGUCAUCAUCGACGAGGCCAGCCAGGCGCUCGAGGCGCAGUGCUGGGUCCCGCUCCUGUCGGCCAAGAAGGUCGUGUGCGCUGGCGACCAUCUCCAGCUGCCACCCACCAUCAAGUCGCUCAACUCCAAGGACAAGGACAAGGUCAAGAAGACGGAGGAGGGAGGGGCGGGCAAGCCCAUGCUGUCCCUCUCUCUAGAGACGACGCUAUUCGACAGGCUACUGGCCCUGCACGGCCCCUCUAUCAAACGCAUGCUCACGACCCAGUACCGCAUGCACGAGAAGAUCAUGCGCUUCCCGUCCGACGAGCUCUACGGGUCGAAGCUCGUUGCCGCGGACUCUGUCAAGGACCGUCUACUCCGCGACCUCGACUACGACGUUCGGGAUACCGAGGACACAAACGAGCCCCUCGUCUUCAUAGAUACCCAGGGCGGCGAGUUUCCGGAGCGCACAGACGACGACGAGAAGGACAAUCCCAAGAAGGGCAAGAGCAGUCUACACGGUGACAGCAAGAGCAACGACAUGGAAGGUGCCCUGGUACGUCAGCACGUCGCCUCGCUGGUAGAGGCGGGGCUUCGGCCAGAGGACAUUGCCGUCGUGACGCCUUAUAAUGCCCAGCUGGCCAUGCUCGCCCCCCUCAAAGACGAGUUUCCCGGCAUCGAGCUAGGCAGCGUAGACGGAUUCCAGGGACGAGAGAAGGAAGCCGUCAUUGUCAGUCUCGUGCGCAGCAAUACUGAUGGAGAAGUCGGUUUUCUCGGCGAGAAAAGGCGCUUGAACGUUGCCAUGACGCGGCCUCGGCGAUCUCUAACCGUCAUUGGAGACUCGGACACCGUUAAGAGGGGUAGUCCGUUCCUCAAGAGGUGGAUGGACUUUCUAGAGGAGAAUGCAGAUUUGAGAUACCCCAAUCCUUCUGCGCUUCUGUUGCCGGACGCAUAG